GUCGAAGACGCGGAUGUGUACUUUGAAGUCCGUGGGUUCGAUACCAAUGGUGGACUUCCAACCAACCUAAAAAGAGGACUAGAAGCAAGACAUUUGACGAUGAUCUCUAUUGGAGGAACUAUCGGCACUGGUUUGUUUCUAGCGUCUGGUGGUGCUAUUGCUAGUGGUGGUCCAGGCGGAGCUUUAGUCGCUUACAUGAUUGUCGGUCUUAUGAUUUAUUUUAUGAUGGCAUCAUUGGGAGAGAUGGCUACAUAUUUACCGAUAUCAGGUUCGUUUAAUACUUAUGCAAAGCGCUAUAUUGAUCCUGCAUUAGGAUUUGCACUCGGAUGGAAUUAUUGGUAUUCAUGGUCGAUAACAGUAGCUGUAGAAAUAACAGCUGGUUCAAUUGUGAUGAAAUAUUGGGUUAGCUCCAUUCCGAAUUGGGUUUGGAGUCUAAUUCUUCUAUCGAUUAUGUUUGGAUUGAAUUUAUUUUCCGUAAGAGGAUACGGUGAAGCAGAAUAUUGGUUCUCAUUAACAAAGCUAUUAACAGUAUUAGUAUUCAUUAUUGUUGGCUUCUUACUGGAUCUUGGGUUUAUUGGCGAUCCUCCGACAAAAAUUGGUGGAUCUGUCUUUGAUUCUGGAGCAUUUCACGCCGGAUUCACUGGUUUAUUUUCGGUGUUUCUUGCCGCUGGUUUUUCGUUUCAAGGCACCGAACUUGUUGGUAUUGCAGCCGGUGAAUCAUCAAAUCCACGAAAGCAUGUUCCGAAAGCAAUUCGUCAGGUGUUUUGGCGAAUUCUCUUGUUUUACAUAUUAGCCAUAUUUGUCAUUGGUUUAUUGAUAAGAUACGAUGAUCCACGAUUACUGAACAAUUCCGGGCCUGAUGGUGUUGCCGUCAGUCCUUUCACUUUAGUGUUUUCAAUGACUGGAUUCACAGCGGCGCCUCAUCUCAUGAACGCAGUUAUUAUGAUCACAGUUUUAUCGGCUGGUAACUCUGGAUUGUACGCGUCAUCACGUGUUUUAUAUAAUUUGGCUUUAGAUGGGUUCGCACCAAAAAUUUUCAGUAAAACAAACAGCAACGGAAUCCCCGUCAUGGCUCUAUUGAUGACCACGGGUAUGGGAUGUUUCGCGUUCUUUAUGUCCUUUUUUGGUGAUGGAAGAGUUUACACGUGGUUACUUAAUCUCUCGGGAGUAUCUGGUUUUAUCACAUGGGCUGGUAUCAGUUUCACACAUUGGAGAUUUAGACGAGCAUAUGUUGCUCAG